CUUUUAUUAAACUAAGUUGCAUUCUUACACAUAAUCAUGUACAUGUAUGUAUAUAUAAAUCUGGACAAUAUUUUUAAACAAUUUUACAAAUAAAAAUAGUAACGAUGUUUUCGAUUCACCACUUCUCAGUUAUCAAAGUUGGAAUUCUCUUCGUUGUUCAUAGAAUUUACUUAUGAAAGUAACUGGAAGUUAUUCGGAUGAACUAAACACUAGUGAAUGAGUUGAUAAGUAUAUCCUUAGAGUGGUAUAAGCUCUUUUUAUUCGUAAAUUCAAGGUUUUACGAGUUGAACACCUCUUAAGAUAUGUAUAACUGUCUCCUUCACAUCGCUUAACGAUUGGCAGAGGUUCUUCGCCCAACUUUUGUUUACAUAUGUAUGUACAUACAUAAGUAUGUCUUGAUUAUAUCUUAUAAAUGGAUGCCCCUCAAAGUUUAAGCCAUACUUGAUUUUAUUAGAAGCUCUUUCAUAACCAAACUAUUCUUCGAAGUUUGCGAUUGCUUCCCGUGGGUCAAUUAAAAUAACCCUUUUUGAUAUUGAUAGGAGCAGAUAUGGAAGAUAGGUGCUCCAAAAUAUCAAUAAACGAAUAUACUUAUGUAAUUACUGUCUAAUAAAAACCAUACUUACUCUAUUUACCAAAGCAUAAUUAUUUUGUUGUGAGGAAACCCAAGCAUGAAUGUAGAAUUUUUACAUUUUUAAGUUAUGCUCUUUUUUAAUUUACACAAUUCAAAAGUUUUAUUUUUGGGAGUAGCUAAAUUUAGAAGUGGGUUUCUCAACGCUCCGAAAUUCGAUUGCCCUUUGAGAAGAAAUAGCGUUAGUUGUGUUUUUAUGUUUGAUUGGAAGUGCAUGCGAAUAUUUCGGAAAAUUUCGAGUGUUGCGAUAUAAAAACAUAUAUACAAAGUGCUUAUUUAGUAUUUACGAAAAUAUAUGGCUCUAAAUAACUGCAAACAGCGUUUAUAAAAUUGUAUUGCAAUCAGACUGCUUAAAUAGCUCACAACAAUAAGUGCAUUCGUUUGAAGUUUAACACGAUUUGCGGACAAUAUAUAUAAUUGUAUUUGCUUCAGAACUAAAUCCUCCAGAAGUAAUGGCAACGAUAGAGAAACAAUCGUCAGAACGACAUGAGGGGGAUACCACUUGCCUAUCAUACCACAACAGCCAGCUGUUCUCUGGCGGCGCCGAUGGCAAAAUCAAAAUUUGGGAUAAUGAUUUGAAUCUAAUUAAAUCCGUGGAUGCCCAUGACAGUUACAUAUACGCGAUGACAGUAAAUUCAAAUAACGGUAAAGUAUACACCAGCAGCUGUGAUGGUUGUGUGAAAUUUAUCGCACCACCCUACGAUCAAACGGCGCAGCUUUUCUGCUGCGAAGAUGCCAUCCAAGCGAUGUACUGCGACGGUGAUAUUUUGUAUACGGGUGAUGAGAAGGGGGUAGUUACGAAUUGGAUAGAUGAUAAAAUCAAAUUCAAAUACAAUCUGGUUGAAGAGGUUAAAUCGUUGGGGGCUGAGAAAUCUCUUAUAUAUACAGUUCGAGAUUUGGACGUGGUGGUGUCAGACAUGAUUGCUGGCAAAUCGGGCAAGUAUAGCAAUAAGGCUGUUUUGCCGGGAAAAUCGCCGUUAGCGCUAGUAGGUCCUGUGAUAAAUGAUAAACGAUCUUUCCUUGUAUUCGCCGAUCGUAGUGGGAAAGGAUUGUCUCUCGUAAAGAAUCUGCCACAACAAAAAUUCGAAAGUGUUUGGAAUUUACCGAAUUGCCACGAAUUGAUCAUUCAAGCGAUCUGCGGAGACGAGAAUACUGUCUUUAGUGGCGGCUAUGACAACAAGGUAAAAGGUUGGACUAAUUUGGAACAGGCGAUACCCACACCUCUUGGCGAAGUGGAGGUCGGCAGUUGUGUGAACGCGCUGGUAUGUAGCACGCUUAAACGGGUUUAUAUUGCCACAGCAGAUGGUUUUGUGCGGAAAGCCAAAUUUGUUUAAUUUUAAUAAUAAUAAGGGUAUCACUAGUCUUUUGAUAUACAUAUGACAAAUUUGCAACAUAACUAUCUAUGAUAACAAUAUUCACAUUGGAAGAAAAUAAUUCUGAAUAAACUUUAGUCUUAAUCUGUAUAUGUAUUAUAUUAGUUGAAGACAGAAUUGCAGGGUUGCUCAAAAAUAAACUCUUAAUUCACCCCAAAAA